ACCUCCUCCCCAGGGUGUUUUUACCCACUAUAAAAUAAAAUAAAUCUAUGACCUUUCAUGUUUCUUCCUCCUGACGAAGCAACUGAGGCACGGCAAGGGGAAAUGAAGCCAAAAUAAAAAAAAUCCCCCAAGAUUGUACGGGAAGUCAGGACUGGCUCUGCCUCCCAGUCAGCAUCACUGCCCUCUCUCCCUGAAGAAUUCGCUAUUUAUAGCUCUGCUUAGAACAUAAUCAAAACCAUCCUCUCUCCAUAUGAGAGCUCAUCCAGCGGCACUAACCCUCCCAGGGGGGGAAAACUUCCCAAGAUUUGCAAUUGAGCCGUCCGAAACGCCUCUGCAACGGGAAACUUCCACCGGCGGAGCGGCGGCGCGGAGCCCGCACGGGACGCGCUCGGCCCGGCUGCUCCGGUCCCGGGCACAACCCGGGCUCCCUCCCACGCCACCGAGGAGCUUUGCUCGGCUCAACCCCCCCGAGUCAUUUCCUGCUUUCGGUGGAAAGGCUCCGCAAGGUCCCACGGAGCAGAAGCGGCGCCGCUCCCGCAGGAGGACGAUGAAUUUCUGCAUCGCGGUGCUCCUGGUCCUUCAGUCCUUGCCGGGGAAGGCAGAGGUCAAAGAUGACAUGGAGGAGAUUGCACAGGAUUUAUACGAAUACCUAGCUCAUUUAAGUGAUGAGUAUUAUUCCACAGAAGAUUAUUACUACGACAACAUCACAGCAACCCCUGGCACGUAUGUGUACGAGUUUGAUUCAUAUGAGACAAACACCAUUGGAGACAUGGACUGGGAGAAGUGGCUUUCAGAAGAGAAUGCCACCACUGAGGUUUCAGGAUCACCAGAUACAAGUGCUCCAGGGGUUUCUAGGGAUGCCAAGGACAGCCAGGAUUUUCAGGAGUCAUUGGGAUCAUCCCUGCAGGGCCACCUCACCCUCAUCAUCCUCCUCAGCUUCCUGGGUCUCCUGCUAUGACCCCCAGACUCCUUCUCCAAAGGUACUCUGGGAUUUCAACCACUCACUCAAAGUGUGUCCUUCAACCCAGGGAAAUCCAAUUCCUUCUGAAGCAGCAACUUUCCAAAACAAUGGAAAGAUAACAAGCCCUUCCAGGCAGAUAACAGCCCAUCCAGCUGGGAGGCCAGGGAACUCUCCAGCAGCUCUGACCCCACUGAUGGCCUGGAGAGGCUUUCCAGGGCAUUUCCCCAACGACCUUGGCAUUCAGCCGGACCUUCAGGGUGCAAGCAGCCAGGCUCCACCCAAACACCCUGUUCCAUACAGCCCUGGAAUGGUUUGGGUUGGGAUGAACCUCACAGACCUGCUGGUUCCACCCUCCUGCCCAGGUUCCUCCAACGCUCCAUCCCACCUGGCCAACUUUUCCCACUGGAGCUCUCCAACAUCUCAGGGACACCCAAGCCUGGUCCUGCCACGCUCUGCUCACCUUUUCCCCUCGUCCCAGACGCUGUGUCUGGGAUGGUGACCAGGACAUUGUCAGAUGUUGAUGAUGACAUCCUCUCCACGAGGCGUUGUCUGUGUUCCAGAACUGCUGAGACUUUGUGUCUGAAGGUUUUGCUGGAGGGCCGGUGUGAGCACGGAGAGCUCAGCAAGCUUCAGGCCUUUCCUGUUUCCUCAGAUUCUGCUGUAGAUAAGAACCUCUGCCAAUAAAAUCCCCAACACCUGGUGCAUGGUGUCUCAUGGUAAAUAAUCCAGAACUGGAAUACACAAACAAUGAGUGCAGUGCUUGUCCUGCCAGAGGGAUUUUCUCGAGCCUCUAAACCCAGCCAGGAGGUUCCAACUUUGUUUCUUCCAGAACUGCUCUUCACACUGUUUAUUUUCUAGAAACAUCCACAAUAUCUGGGACAAGAUGGACCAGAAAACCUCCCACCCCCCCAUGGAGAGCAAACUGUUGCAGAAAUGGGUGGGCUUGGUCAGGAAAUCAGAGUUAAAUUCCUUUUUAGGGAAACAAGUGCAAUCCCACACUCGGUGCCUACGUUGCUUUUCCUUGGGAGAGUUAGCAGGAAGGAGAGACGGAAAACUGGCCCAGGUGUACCCAGGACAAAAGAGGCUGAGUCAAGCCAAGGGCUGUUGAGUCAGGCCAACAGGAGACUCGUGGUCACAGCCCUCAGGGAUCCCUCCAGACACCUCCAGACCCCGGGGGAAUCUCCCAGGGCAGGUACGACCCAUCCUGCCCACCUCGAGGAGCAGCUCACAAUUCCCAGGAUAUCCCUCCCCCAGCCUUGGAAAGAAGAAAACUGGGAAGUAAAAAGCUCGAAAUAUUCAGAAGCAGCAGGAGUGAGACUGGAUGUGCUGCCUGGCAGUGCCACCUCCUGGCUCUGUGCUGCCACAAAGGUGGAUUGAGAAAAGCCGAGAACGCCCCGGGAAAUUAUUCAGGAUCACACAGCAGUGAGAUUUCCAACCCUGGAGUGGAGUAAAAAGCAAUUAAAGGCAAAUAAAAGAUGUGGAUGAAGGUGGUGAGUUCAUUGCUACAAACCAUCCCUCUAAUGCAGACACAGAAAAUAAACCAGUUUGUUGUAACCUGCCUAACUAUAAAUUGAAUCACUCCCAGAGCAAAUCCUCAAACCAAAUCCUCACCUUCCAGCGGUGUUUUGGGACAGCAAUGUCCAAACACAACACGGAUGGACAGCUGGACAUGCCCUCUCUGCUCCCAAAGCUGGGACUAUCCACCCAAACCUCUUUAGUCCCAAAAUCCAUCCUCCUGGCUCUUUCACAAGCUCCUUUCCUAGAUUUACCCUCUUCCCCCCACUCAGAGGGUGGCGGUGGCUCCAUGGCCACUGUCUCCACGAGCAGCCACCCAGCUCUCCUGGCAAACCCCUGGGAUUUAAUAAGCAGCUUUAACACAAAGAGGAUUUUCCCUGCAGUUGUGAGAA